AUUAAUUAGUUAAAGUAAUUAGUCUUUCCCUUCAAUCUCUCUCUCUCUCUCCCCCUCUCUAGAAUCUUCUUUGAUCCUCACAAAAUAGACACAUUCAUUUGUUCUCCUGCGACUGCCCGUCUCUCCAAUAAGCUUCUCUCUUUCGUUAUUCUCCAAAAUUUGAGUCAAGCUUUUUGAGUAAUGGAGGACGCUCAAGAGCAGCAAAGUCAACGGAUCGGCCAAGAUGAUGAAAAUGAAAUAGUUACUGAAAAUGCUUCUUUUGUGCAUGGUGAUCCUCCUCAAGAUGGUGAUGGUCCGCCAAAAGUUGAUUCUGAGGUGGAAAUCCUUCACGAGAAAAUCACAAAACAAAUCAUUAAGGAAGGACAUGGUCAGAAGCCAUCCAAAUAUUCAACAUGCUUCUUACACUACAGAGCAUGGACUGAAAGCACCCAACAUAAGUUUGAGGAUACAUGGCAUGAACAACGACCGGUUGAAAUGGUUAUAGGAAAAGAGAAGAAAGAAAUGGCGGGUUUAGCUAUUGGUGUGUUCAAUAUGAAGGCUGGUGAACGUGCCCUCCUACAUGUUGGCUGGGAAUUAGGUUAUGGAAAAGAAGGAAACUUUUCUUUCCCAAAUGUGCCUCCUAUGGCGGAUAUAAUAUAUGAAGUCGAGCUUAUUGGUUUUGAUGAAACCAAAGAAGGGAAAGCUCGUGGUGACAUGACUGUAGAAGAAAGGAUUGGAGCUGCAGAUCGAAGAAAAAUGGAUGGCAAUGCUUUCUAUAAAGAGGAGAAACUUGAAGAGGCCAUGCAACAAUAUGAAAUGGCCAUAGCAUAUUUGGGUGAUGACUUCAUGUUCCAACUGUUUGGCAAAUAUCGGGACAUGGCAUUGGCAGUUAAAAAUCCUUGCCAUCUUAACAUGGCGGCAUGUCUAAUAAAGCUUAAGCGCUAUGAAGAAGCCAUUGGGCAAUGCAGUAUCGUAUUAUCAGAGGAUGAAAACAAUGUCAAAGCAAUGUUUAGAAGAGGAAAGGCAAGAGCAGAACUAGGGCAAACAGAAGCUGCCAGAGAAGAUUUUCUUAAGGCAAGGAAAUAUGCACCUGAAGACAAGGCAAUCGCGAGGGAGUUGCGUGUACUAGCUGAACAUGACAAGGCUGUAUAUCAAAAACAAAAGGAGAUAUACAAAGGAAUUUUUGGACCCCCACCAGAGCCAAAACCAAGGCGAAAAAAUUUUGUGAUCCUUAUUUGGCAAUGGCUACUGUCAAUAAUCUACCGCCUUUUUAAGCGGGAAAGGCACAAAUCCGAUUAGUUGAAGAAGAAAUGAUAAUAAUGAGGCGGCGGUAUGCUAAAAGGUUACUGAUUACUUGGAUGCUGAAGGUGUCUUUAACCCUAUUUUUCAUGUGCCAUUGAGUUUAUCCUCCUCUGUACCUGAAUAUGUAUGAACUUUCAAGGUUGUAAACAGAUGCGUCUAAUUGUUAGUUUUGAAUAUAAACUGAUUUGUUUGUGAAUUAAUCAUCAAGAAGAGCUUAUAUGCUUCAUUCUUC